AUGGCGCCCGUCAUCGACAUCAACCUCGGGGGAUGCUACAGCGUCAAGAACCAUCCGCUGAGCGGCGUGACCCUGCUCCAGUGGGCUCGCCUCCUCCGCGCCAGGUGGACGCAGAUCGAUUACCUGACGUACUGGCCGAGGUUGAUAUUUUUAACGCUCUUGGCUGCGCUCAACACGAUAGGCGCGAUCGCCGACUGGAUCCUCUACGACGCGAAAAUCAGGGCGCAGGAGCUGAACGACGAGCCCGUGUUCGUGCUCGGACACCCGCGCACGGGCACGACGCACCUGCACAACCUGCUGUCCAAGGACCCUCGGUUCGCCUACGCCAACACGUUUCAGGUUGGUUUCCCGAGUUCCUUCCUGAGCACGUCGUGGCUGGCUCCACACAUGGGCCUGAUCAUGGACAGCACGCGGCCGAUGGACAACAUGGCGCUGGCGUGGGAUACCCCUCAGGAGGACGAGGUCGCCGUGAACCAGCUCAGCUCCGGGGCGUCUCCGUACGCCCCUCUGCUGUUCAUGCGACGCGAGCCCGAGUUUAGAAAAUUUUACGACUUUGACGAUUGCGACGCCGACGAUUUCGCGCGGUGGCGCGACUCCUUCGUGUAUUUCCUGAGGAAGAUUCAGUUUGCGGCGGGCGGCAAACAUAAACGACUGCUACUCAAGUCCCCGGUGCACACCGCGAGGGUGAAGUUGCUCAAGGAGAUGUUUCCCAAGGCGACGUUCAUAUUCGUGCACCGGCACCCGUACGAGGUUUUUAAAUCGGCAGUGACCAUGGCGGACCGAUACUACUGGCAGUGCUACCUGCAGAAGCCCAGGGUCGAGGACGUGCAGGAGUUCAUCCUGUAUCAGGGUGAACUGCUGCACAGGAAGUACACGGAGGACGUGCGGGGGGUGUCCGAAGCCCGAAAGAUGGAGGUUAGUUUCGAGGAAGUCACGGAAAACACGGUGACGGCGUUGUCGCAGGUGUACAAGGCGCUCGGGUGGGGAAAGGAUUUCGCGAGGUUCAAACCCGUCGUCGAGGCGUACAGCCAGAGCCUGAGGGAUUUUAAGAUGAACGAGCACAAGGAGCUCGGGGAGGAUGCCAGGGCUGUGGUGCGGGAGCGGUGGAAGGCGUGGUUCGACGAUCUCGGAUACGCUCGAUAA